UAGCACGUAACGCAUAUCACUUUUGUUGAAAUAGAUACUUGUCAUUCUUGCGUUGCAUAAAACUUAGAUCACGCUAUCGAAGAAGUCUUGGUAUUAAACGCGUUUAUGAGCUAUAUGACAAUCAAUUUGAUGUAAUGGAUUGGAAAAACGUCUUCAUAUUGUACGUGUACUGCUUGGUUAUGUUUGGACAUGUCUGUUAUGUCGAAAGCCAAGGCUACGACGAUGCACAAACACUUCUGACUUACCUGUUCACCGCGUAUGACAAGUCCAUUCGACCUAUCGACAAACAGACGGAUGCUGUGAAUGUGACCGUAGACUUCAAUCUUCUCUCCGUCAACGACGUCAACGAACUGUCCGGUGCGCUCAAAACGACAGGCUUCCUCGACGUAAAGUGGAAUGAUACGUCCCUAAACUGGACAUGGAAUGGCGAUGCAAACACUCUCAGCUUUUACCAUUGGCCGCAGAAUGAAGUCUGGAAACCUGAUCUCACGUUGAAGAACUCCUUCCUUAAUUAUAAAAGUCUUGGGGACAGCUCGCUGCUUGUAGAGAAUAAUUACACAGGAGAAAUGACAUGGCAUCCGUUUCAGGUAUUUGAGUCCACCUGUUCAUUUGACAUCACGUACUUCCCAUUUGACAUUCAAAAUUGUGAUUUGAUUUUCACGUCUUGGAGUUACACAAAGACGCAGCUUAACUUACAAGUGGGCACCAAUGGGCUAAACCUGGCGUAUUACGAAGCGAACUCUGAUUGGGACUUGAAGAGUGUGUCCUGGUCAAGCAGCGAGGGCGCAGAUGAAACGUCUGUGACGUUCUCCAUCAAGAUCAAACGCAAACCAUUGUAUGUCUUGGUGACCAUCGUCCUACCAAUAAUCUUUCUCUGCAUCCUGGACCUGUUCACGUUCGUGCUGCCAUGUUCAAGCGGCGAGAAAAUUGGAUAUUCGAUGAUCGUCUUCUUGUCAUUUGCUAUUUUCCUGACCAUCGCGUCCACGACGUUGCCGCAGAGCUCUGAAAGUACCGCAAUCAUGACCAUCUUUGUGAUUCUCCAGACGGCAGCCAGCAUGGUUAUUGUCAUCGUCUCAGUCUUGCUUGUCCGCAUCAACAACUUCUCCAAAUCAACAAGAAUCCCAUGCCCAAUCAUCGCCACGAUGCGUGUACUGAAAUGCCGAGUAUGCAACACAAAAGUUGACACAUCUGAUUCGGGCUCGAUUGACUCCGAUGGGGAGGAAGUUCCGUUCACAUGGAAAGACGUGGCUGACAUGAUUGACAUAUUUUGCUUCCUGCUUUUCGCGGGAGCGCUGGCACUAUCUACCCUUAUAUGCCUUAACAUGGCGUCCGUCGGUAUUUAGAUGCACUUUCUGGACAUGAUGUUGUCGAUUCCUUAACAAUUCAAAUUAUUGUGAAUUUAAUCAGUCUAGAUUUUAUUUUCGUAGUGAAGACCAACUGUUAUUUUAUCGAACUGUUUUCCUGUUUAAUGCAGACAUUACGGAUACUACAUUACAUUGUUCUAUUUUAUGCAUCUUAUGGAUUAUUGCAAAAUCUGAGUUAUAAAAAAUUGGUCGUACAAAGGUAAUGUGUGUUACCGUAUAUUUUAUUUAAUUAUUCCAAAUGUAAGAUAUCGCGUUAAAGCUUUUUUCAGUGACUGUUUUCUUUGACUGACCAAUCGCUUAACUAUAUUAGGGGAAAUGGUGUCAUACAAUUCAAAUGACUCAAAACAGAUAAAGACAUUUUACCAACAUGUUUCGUUAAUAUUGUAUGAACUUAAAACUCAUGUCAUAUCAACAUAUUAUGUUGUAUUGAUUGAUGUGGAAUUGCUCACAAUAAAAGUGUUUUGCGC